AUGUCCUCUCAAUUCGAAAAAGCUGUUGCGUACGUCCAAGGUCUGGACAAGAAUGGAUCAGGCCCGGAUGCUACCGUCAAAUUGGAGGCGACUACUGUAGGAGAUGCGGAUCCGGCCAAGGAACCCUCUAUGUUCCAAUUCGUCGAGCGUGCUAAAUGGACUGCUUGGAACGGCAUCAAGGGAAUGUCGAAGAAGGAUGCGGAGGAGAACUACGUGAAACAGCUUAUCAAAGUUCGUGAUACUUCCCGCCCGCUGAUCUUGCGUCUGAACAUGAAAUCAGUACCUCAAGGAGAAGCACCCCAAUGA